AUGCCAAUAAUUAUUGAUAAUGGCACAGUAUCACCAGUUAUUAUAAAUGAACAUGAUAAUGUAACAAUGGAAUGUCAAGCUCGAGGUCGACCUCGACCCUAUAUAACAUGGUUUAGACGAAAUAAUGAUCAAAACAAUCGAACACAAUUAGAAAAUCAAGUUUUAGCUAAUAGUACAGAUGGUCAAUAUCAUUUAAUAAAUGUUAAUCGUUAUCAAACUGGUCAUUAUGAAUGUCGAGCAUCAAAUGGUGUUAAUGAACAUGUUGUUAGCAAAGAUAUUGAAUUACGUGUUCUUUGUAAGUAA